GCAGCGAUGGCCGCGCCGGCGCCGAAGCAGGAGGAGCUGCAGGCGCACGCCGUCAAGGACCAGCUCCCCGCCGUCUCCUACUGCCUCACCAGCCCUCCCCCAUGGCCGGAGGCCAUCCUGCUGGGCUUCCAGCACUACCUCGUCAUGCUCGGCACCACCGUCAUCAUCCCCACCGCGCUCGUGCCCCAGAUGGGCGGCGGCAACGAGGAGAAGGCGCGGGUGGUGCAGACGCUGCUCUUCGUCGCGGGCAUCAACACGCUGCUGCAGAGCUUCCUCGGCACGCGCCUCCCCGCCGUCAUCGGCGGCUCAUACACCUUCGUCGCCCCCACCAUCUCCAUCGUCCUCGCCGCGCGCUACGCAGGGAUCGCAGACCCGCACGAGAGGUUCCUGCGUACCAUGCGGGGCACGCAGGGCGCGCUCAUCGUCGCAUCCACGCUCCAGAUCAUCAUGGGGUUCAGCGGACUCUGGCGCAUCGUCGUCAGGCUGCUGAGCCCACUGUCGGCCGCGCCCCUCGUCGCGCUCGCCGGAUUCGGCCUCUACGAGCUUGGAUUCCCGAGUGUUGCGAAAUGCAUCGAGAUCGGUCUACCACAGAUCAUACUGCUGGUGGCUCUUUCCCAGUACAUACCCAACCUGGUGCCUUUGCUGGGGACUGCCUUCGAGCGGUUCGCCGUCGUAAUGUCCGUCGCUGUCGUGUGGCUUUACGCGUUCUUCCUGACCGUUGGUGGGGCGUACAAGGGUGCUGCUCAAAAAACUCAAUUCCACUGCCGCACUGAUCGAUCUGGACUUGUUGGGGGUGCUUCCUGGAUAAGCGUACCGUACCCGUUCCAAUGGGGAGCACCAACUUUCGAUGCUGGUGAAUGCUUUGCCAUGAUGGCAGCUGCUUUUGUUGCUCUUGUGGAGUCUACCGGUGCUUUCAUCGCGGUUUCACGGUACGCCAGUGCAACACCGUGCCCUCCUUCUAUUAUGAGUCGUGGCAUUGGUUGGCAGGGGGUUGGUAUUUUACUGGGCGGCUUAUUUGGCACAGCUAGUGGAUCCUCCGUGUCUGUAGAAAAUGCUGGGUUGCUAGGUUUGACACGUGUUGGUAGCCGGCGUGUAGUGCAGAUUUCUGCUGGGUUUAUGAUAUUCUUCUCUAUUCUUGGGAAAUUCGGAGCUGUUUUUGCAUCAAUUCCAACCCCGAUAAUUGCAGCUAUAUAUUGCCUUCUUUUUGCAUAUGUUGGUAUGGCAGGAAUUGGGUUUCUUCAGUUUUGCAAUCUGAAUAGCUUCCGAACAAAAUUCAUCCUGGGAUUCUCCUUGUUUAUGGGAAUAUCAGUUCCACAGUAUUUCAAUGAGUACACUUCUGUUGCAGGCUUUGGGCCGGUACACACGCACGCAAGAUGGUUCAACGACAUGAUCAACGUGGUGUUCUCGUCGAAAGCAUUUGUCGGAGGUGCCGUUGCACUUCUUCUGGACAGCACCUUGCACAGGCACGAUAGCACCGCCAGGAGGGACCGGGGUGACCAUUUCUGGGACAGGUUCAGGUCUUUCAAGACAGACCCGCGAAGCGAGGAGUUCUACUCCCUGCCGUUUAACCUCAACAAGUUCUUCCCAUCCUUCUGAUUGAUGCUUGUAACAUUCAGAGAAUGGAAAAAUGACACACGAUUAGUUCUGGUCUCUAGGGAAGUAACUUCUUGCUGAUGUGAAUGAUGUUAUUUGACCUGCUGCUUUUGUAGCUUUGAGUUCUGAAUCCUGCAGAUCUCAGUGUAAACUGUUUUU